GAGAGAGAGAGAGAGAGAGAGAGAGAGAGAGAACUAAAACGUGACGAGGCAGCCUAAGAGCUGUUAUGCAACCGCUGACCUACUAACACAUAUUUCUAGAAAGGGAGCCGGAGAAACUGGAGCAAAGGGUCCGGCAGCACACAACACACAGGCAGUCCGAGCCAAGAGACAGAAACAGCAUCCCGCAGACUCUCUGACUACCAUUACUGACCCGAGCACCGACAGGAGACGGAGACGAAAACUUUUCCGCUUUUUGGGAGGUUUCUUCUAAAGGCACAAGAAAAGGAGGAAACGGGAGCGAGACUGCUUUUGUGUCGGGGAAGCCUGAAUCUUUCCCCUCCUGCAGGACACGGAGAGUUAGUGGUCAGCAAACAGCAGCACUGAAGCCAGAUCCCCAGGGAGCACCGAAGUAGACGGACUGACCUACAUCCUCUGCAAGACACUGAGAGAAGCAGUGCAACAUCCUGACAGACAUCACCGCUCUGCUAAAGAUUGAGGGAGAUAAACUCGAAAUCACCUCCAACAGGACUCCUGAGGCGUUUACAGCUGAAAGACUCGUUGCUCAAAAUACAAACUUGCUUCUUUUUUCAGUUUCCUCGUUCAGAACACUAGUUCGAUGUCUGAGGUUUUUGUGGAGUUCCAACUCUUUUUAAUCUUCCUGGGUAAUAUGGACACUUGAACGUUUUGAUCUUGAAAAAUAAGUAACAAAUCAAUGAGGCUAUUUCUUCAAGAAGCACAAAUACCUCAAGAAGUGUUUGCAGAUCCUGCGACUUAAGUCAAAGUCCUCCGUAACAAAGCAGAAGGCUCGUAUAGUUUUACAUUUUUUCCCUUUCCCCCUUUUCCCUUUGCUAGAGUCCCACUCUGGCCCCCAGCUGGGAAAAAAUGGAAAGUCUGAGUCUACACCUAUCAUCCACCAGCAACAAAAAUGCCAUGGAGGUUGACACCUUCUCUUCCUACAGUGGCAGCAUCCGAUCCCCUUCUCCUGAGGGUGGAGCACGAAGCAGCCGCCAGUCUAAAGGUUCCAAGUCUAAUGCGAGCUGCCGUCGCAAGCGAGAGUUCAUUUCUGAUGAAAAGAAAGAUGCUUCCUAUUGGGAAAAACGGAGGAAGAACAAUGAAGCAGCCAAGCGCUCAAGGGAAAAGCGGCGCCUCAAUGACAUGGUGCUGGAGAACCGCGUCAUGGCGCUGAAUGAGGAGAAUGUUCGUAUAAAAACGGAGCUCCUUCAGCUCAAGUUGCGAUUUGGCCUCAUCAGCACGGCUACCUACAUGGAGAAAAGUCAGCAGAUCUCCAACAGUGCUGCUUGUGUCAACAGUAGUAGUGGAAGCACCAACGGCACCCCAAACGCCUACCUCUCAAGCAGCGGCUACUCCAGUGCAUCCCAGGUGAUGCUGAAUUCAGACUCGUCUGAAACUGAACAGUCGAGCCACCAUGGCGCGCUCCACCAGUACUCCCCCCGGGGCUCCAUCUCUGACUUGUCUGAUGCCUCCUCCAGAGACAGCCCAGAACCAAUGGGCUACAACAUAAAGACAGAGCCCACAAGUAUGGGGAUGUCCGGACUGGAAAGCAACGCGAUGCCCAAUGGUAUAUCAAGUGGGGCUUACAAUGGCAACCACACUGCUCUGGUUUCUCCUCACCAGCAGAACGCCACGUUGGCUGAAAGUGCCAUGGACUACCAGCACCACCAACAGCCGCAGCAGUGCCACAUUGAGGCCUCCAGUCCUGCUCCUCAGGCCACCUCUGCGCAGAGGAGCGUCAUCUUGUACCGCUCCAGCAGCGGCUGUUACCCCAUGGAGACUCAGCGCCUGGAGGAGCAGCAGAACCGACCGCCGCAGCUCUCUUCCACCUCCAAGUUCCCCGACUGCUCAGUAACCAUCACAGAGGUCGCUGAGAAGCUAGAGAGGACAAAGACCAUGGACUCGCCUCAGUAUGAAUACACUGACAGUCAUGCUGAGUCGACAGAGGAGCUGCAACAAAGGUACAAUGCCAACGUGCAACAACAGCGUGAGAGCCAUCACUACAGCUACCAGGGGCAGGAGAGCAGUCUUCAGCAAAGCCUCCAGAACCCCUUUGCCCCCGAUCUGAUCCGCAACACUGAGGAAGGCAAGUCCUCCUUCCCACAGCACAACGGCUACCUCAACACACUGGACGAAGAGCCCCCGGUGCUCACAUAUGAGGGAGGCCCCCGAGCUGGUGGCUUCUACCAGGAGAACUCCUCCGCUAAAGACACGUCAUCCAGUGACGGGGACCCUCGUAGUUCUGACAAGGAGGCCUCCACAGAUGACGAGUCCCCCUCCUCGUCCUCCUCAGACAUCAGCAGUUACCAUCAGAAGGAGGCCAGAGCUGCCGGGUCGCACGGCGAGUAUCAAGCCGAGGUCAAAGCCACUGCCCUGCCCCACAAGCUCCGCCUCAAGUACAGAGCUCUGUCUAACGGGGUGGUAGGAGCGCACAUGGAGGGAACAGUCAGCACCUCCAUGUCGCCCUCUCCCACUUUGCCUCAGCACCCUUACUUAGCUCUGCCCAGCAACCCUCACAUCACCCAGGUCAAUGGGGAGAGCAAAGAGGUGGAGAAUGACACUGAGUAUGCGGAAGAGACCAGUUCUCUUAAUGAGAGGGCUGAGGCUAAAAAGGAGGGAGGGAAAAAGGGAUCCAGCAGCAGCAGCAGCAAGGGUGGGCGCAAUAAGAGGCGAGAUUAGGGACAAAUGGGAACUUUUUUUAACCUAUUUGUCGACUUCAACAGACAAUAAAAUAAUAACUCGCAUCGCUACCUUACAAGACGGAGAAGAAGCCGGUGAUCUGCGUGAGGUGCAGUUAGGAUGUGAUUUCACCAAGUUUCACUGUGUCACCUGUUCCUCUUCCCUUUACUCUCUCCCACCGAUCCCUCCGAUUAAAACGAUAGAUCACUUAAUGAGGGAGGGGACAGAAUGCAACUCUCCAGAUCUGGAGUCUGGGAUAUUUCCCCUGUGGAAAAAUUCUAACUUUAUUCAAUAUUGUAAACUGCCCUGGUGGCUGACCAGCGCUUAUUGUGGCAUUAUGGGAACAUUCCUUUGACCAAAGAAUUCACAUCCCUCCUUUAGCGUCGCCCUUUUUGGCAAAGAGUUACAUUCGCUCUCCCUCUGACAUUUGACACCUGUAACAUUUGAUCCUCCACCCUCUUACCAUCUUCACACACAAGUCUCCUUCUUUUCUGAAGCACUUAGAUUGUAUAUUACUGUGACAUAAAUUUGCAUAAAUGGAAAAUAUAUUUUAAGAAGAAAAAUGUGGCAAAAAUAAAAAGCAGUGGGAUGCUUAAGUCGUAGACUUAAUAGUGAUCGGUUUUGUUCUUGAUGAGACGCAUUGUACAGUCGCUCUUCGUCUAGAAAAUGCCUCAAAGAUUUCCUUUUAAUAUGAGCCACAACUUGUUUAACAUUUUUUUUAAAAAGAAGACAAAAAAAACUAAGGUACACAUUUUUUCAGAUUUAUGGAUCAGAUCCGGUGAUCUGAGCUCUUUCAAAUCAGUCGAGGCCAGCUAUUCGCAUAUCAGUCAAGGCUAUGCAGUCACACAUUGCUGUUUGCAAAACCUGACAAGCACAAGGCAAGCGUCGCCUGCCGGCCGUUCAAUGGAAGUCAAUACAUCUUCAUUUCCAGACAAAUAUUGUCUAAUAAAUGAAAUGGCUCUCGCAAAGCUGCUCUCUCUUCAUAAGGUGCCUCUUUAUUGUGUUGUCACUCGUCCCCACUUUGGCCAAUGUCUUAACGACCCCACUCACCUCCGCACUGAGUUGUUUUAGCUACAGUAGAUCAUCCAGUCUGUACAAGUUUAACUGUUUCACUUCCUGGUGCCUGCCUCUGGCCACUAUGUAUAAAUGUAAAGUCGUCUCUAUCUCUUGUAUACUGCUGUCAUUAUUUUAUUAUUAUUUUAUUAAUAUUGUUAUUUUCUAUUAUAUUCGGUUAUUAUUUUUUGGGCUAUUAUGUGUAUUUUUCUGUCAUCCUGUUGUGUCAUUUUGCUCUAUGCUCUUCCUGGUUGUGCUGUGUAUUUACCCAUGCUGCCCUUUUCCCCAGUUACCAUUUGUACUCUGUGUUACCGUAUAACCUUUGUUGUUUGCCAAAAGGCUUUCCAAAAAAUGGAUUUAAAAAAAAAGAAAAAUUGAAUAAGGCUUGUCCAGAAGUGAUUAUGUAUUGCUAUACUUAAUGUGGAUAUGCAAAAAUGGUUAAAAAAAACACACAUUUUUGAUUGUGAAAGAUUGAAAAUGGAGAAAAAAUUAAAGGUUGUUAAAUUAA